CUUUGAUUGUUAGUGGAUCAAUUGUGAUAUAAUGUAGUUAAAUUCAUUCUUUUGUAUUAUAACUUGUACAAACUGAGUAGUAAUUCAUAUUUCAGGUGCCUAAAAACAUGAAGGCUCCUGUUCACAUUUACUAUGAGCUUUACAACUUCUAUCAGAACCACCGCAGGUAUGUUAAAAACCGAAAUGAUAAGCAACUAAGAAGCAAGGAGUAUGAACUAGAAACUACUAAUUGUGCACCUGAAGCCACAACUGUCGAUGGGUCUCCCAUUGUCCCUUGUGGCCUCAUUGCUUGGAGUUUGUUCAACGACACAUACUCAUUCGCAAUACAGAACAAAGCCAUUGAGGUGAACAAGAAAAACAUAGCCUGGCAAAGUGACAAAGAUGAGAAAUUUGGAAGUGAUGUUUAUCCCAAGAACUUCCAGCAAGGAGGUCUUAUAGGAGGUGCAAAGCUCAAUGAAAGCAUACCCUUGAGUGAGCAAGAAGAUCUCAUUGUUUGGAUGAGAACAGCUGCCCUCCCACAGUUCAGAAAAUUAUACGGGAGAAUUGAGACAGAUCUUGCAGCUAACGAGCAAAUCUCGGUGACAAUACAGAACAACUAUAACACAUACAGCUUCGAGGGGGAGAAGAAGUUGGUGCUUUCAACUACCUCAUGGAUAGGCGGGAAGAAUGAUUUCCUUGGUGUUGCUUAUCUCACAGUCGGCAGCCUUUGCUUAUUUCUUGCACUGGCAUUCAUAGUUCUUUAUCUGCUCAAACCCCGGACGCUUGGAGAUCCUUCAUAUUUAUCCUGGAACCGGAACCCUGACAGACAUUAGAACUUUCAGCUCAAGUUGCAUUCCUAAGUUGGUAUUGUCUAUGCAUGUGUAAUUGCUCCCUUUUAACAAUCUCUGUUCA